UUCAUUUAGCGCCAUUUUGUCCCAAACAAGGUUCCGGUUUUCAGAAAAUUUUGUCAAAAAAAUACACAAAAAACAGGUAGAAGCUAUUUUGAAGAAUUCCUCAUGAAGUGGGAAUACAAAGAAGAGCAUCCUUUCGAGAAGAGAAGAGCWGAAGGAGAAAAAAUACGUAAGAAAUAUCCUGAUAGAGUCCCGGUCAUAGUCGAAAAAGCACCAAAAGCAAGAAUCGGUGAUUUAGAUAAAAAGAAAUACCUUGUACCAUCCGACCUGACAGUUGGUCAGUUCUAUUUCCUCAUAAGGAAAAGAAUUCAUCUCAGAGCUGAAGACGCUUUGUUUUUCUUCGUUAACAAUGUUAUUCCGCCAACAAGUGCAACAAUGGGUCAGUUGUACCAGGAACAUCACGAAGAAGACUUCUUUUUAUACAUAGCAUACAGCGACGAGAGUGUCUAUGGCACCAACUAAUAAGUAUUUCAUCUGGUUUGUUCAUGGAUUAUAUUGGGGUAUUUGGUGCAGUAAAACUAUUAUUUUAACAUACGUUAGUUUACAAAACAAUGAAACCAAGAAAAAUAAAAUGAAGGGAGAAAGAAAAUACACAUUAAUUAAUUAAUACUCCAAWAGUUGCACCUUUAUUCAGAGAUUAUGCUAUAAUGGAAGACACUAAAAGUGUGUUGCUAUAYUCCYCAGUUGAUUUCUGUCUUUUGGGAUUUCUGUGUAGAUAUUAUUACAAAGAAAGGCCAAUAAUUUUUGUCUGCGUAGAAGGAUGAUUAUAUAAUUAUAUAGGCUUGUAGCAGAUGCUGCGAUACAUMUUGUAAUAGAUAGUAACGUAUUACAUGGUGUCAAAUACUACGGCUAUAAUGUACUUUAUACUAUUUGUUUUGUAAUGAAAUAAGUCUUAGAUAUAAUAGAGUUAGAAACUUUCAAAAAGGUUUCAGGCAUGAGUAUGGAAACAAGGUAUUUUAUGGCCAAAUGUWACACUAAAUAUGAAACAAUUCCACAAAAUACCUGAUUUUUAUGURUGCAUUUACAAUAGUUUCCAUUUAAAUCACCCACAAUCAUCCAGUUUUGAAUUCUCCAAUGCUCUGUGUUGGCCUCAYUUGUGCRAAAAAUAUUCCAAAUUGUGAGAAUAAAAGUGUGAGAUUUCAAAUCAAUUUUAUCGUCUUUCUUCACAAAUUCCAUGCAUUUUCUCUGGCUAUCAAUGAAACAAAAGAAUAUGUUACUUGUUUUUGAGGCUAACACAGAGCAAACCAGAACUCGAAAUUGGAGUAUUCUCAAAAAUUGUUAAUUGUUCUACAAAAACAAAGAAACAAAAUGUAUUUUUAAAACAACAUUUAAUAGAAUAUUGUGAAAAAUAAUUAUACAUGCAGACUUAGUUCAUUGUUCAUGUUGUAGGAACCUGUAGAGUUGUGUUCAUUGUGAAGCAAAUCUUCGCUGGGCUAAAAAUCAUUUUAUUACUAUAACACUUUAUCAGAAACCUAUAAGGGACUUGCAACGUAUAAUGCUGUGCCAACUGUUGGAAUAAUCAAAUCUAAUUUGCAUCUCAUUUCCUUAUUUGGAACAAUUAAAUUUACCCUAUAGCCAACCAGGCUGAAUUUUCCAAAUAUGGUCAUAACGUUCGUUUUUGAAAUUUUUAAUGAGCUUUGAAUAUUCCAACGCUUGGUACUAAAGAAAUGUACAGGCGUUUCAUGUUUCAAGUCCCUUAUAGUUUUCUGACAUUAUAUUAUUUUGUGUUGUCGUUUCCCAUGUACUUUACAGUGAGGGCACUUGAAAUAUGUUCACAUUUUUAAGCUUUAUAUUAUAAAAAAAUACUCCUUUUUCUCUUCUUACAAUUUUGGUUCUUUUUUUCUACAAUAUAAUUACAAUAACAAUAUUCCAAAUUGUACCUUCAAUUAGAGAAUGUUUGGGGGUUAAAAACAAGGCUGUGAGCUCAAAUAAACAAAGGGAACAGUUCAGUGUUGUCACUGUAUCUCCGUUUUGCUCUAAAAAGAUAAUUUUGAUGCUCUAGACCAAGUAAUAUAGUUUUAAAGCAUGAUGGAUGUCUACCAAAAAAUUAUAUAAAUUAAAAGAUGUUACUUCAAUGAAUAUUAUCCAUCAGUGAUCUGACAAUAACUUUUUUCUGACGAAAUGAUUUGGAUAGAGGUGUAUAACAAAUAUAAUUUUGAUUUACGCCUUAGACAUAUUUUUAAAAAUUAUUGAGAAAUGUAAUGUUCAAUGCAUGUCUAAUACCUCUAUUAGCGCUCAUCCUGUCCAAAAUCCCAAUGCCUGCAUUCACCCUCAUAUCACACUCCACUCAAUGGCUAACUUAAGCAGCCAAGUGACAUMUUAAUCRASRUACCAAUGAAUGCAAUCUUUGUGUUAGUUGCUUGGUGUCAUUGUCAAUAAUUUGUGAAUGCUAUGUUGUCUAAGUUAUAUUGCUAAGGCAAAAUUAAUAAAUUGCUCUCACAAAUUAAACAAAUUAGUGAUUUC